AUUUGUUUCGUCUGACUGUGCGAUCAAGUCAGCUACGAGCAGUUUCCACAGUUCCGCUCUUUGGCUAAGUGAACCACGUGCACUAGCGGUGCCAUAUAUCUAUUACGGGUAGUAAUUUUAUGCGCUGGAGAGUUUCUUCUGGACCAAAAUCGUAAACCUUCGGGUUCCUACUGCAUCAAAUGCAACAAGGAUUACAGCGAGCAAAGCGAAUUUUUGCGCCGAUGUGCGCUCUUUUCGUUUGUUCCACUUUUAAACUGGCAGAUUACGAAACAAUAGUUACGGACGGCAUGCUCAGUUCCACCCCAGUGUGGUCAUGGUUCGUUCCAAAUUACUCUGGCACAUUCACCUUAGUCGGGAAUCUGAAUAAGACCGGCUGGGGUGAGGUUGUGCUCACACCAAAUGGAAAUCCGUUCAUUAUGCUGGACCCGCGAACGGGAGACGUAAUACUGGCCAGUGGCUACUGUCCACGCAACACGGUAACCUGGGAAUUCGCCCGUGUUCAAGGCCGCGAUGUGCCUGACCACGAGGGAAUGCAGGGAAUUUUGGCCAUUGGCAUCUAUUCCCCACCGGAGUACGUUAAUUCCUGUCAGGGCAAGAGUUUCCAGCCGCCGACUGCCCUGCCUUUGCAUCUGCAUGAACCGGUUGCAUCAUGGCCGCCACGGCCCACUUCGUCACUGUCUGACCCGAACUCCCUUCAUGCGGGCACUCCUGAUGUCUCCUUUAACGUAGACGCAUGUCCAGGGUCCAGUGUCCCUAUAGUGGUAGGAUCUUUCCCAGUGAAAUUCAGUCCUUACGUGGAUUUUACGAAACUGCGAAUGACAAUUACAAGCAGACAUUUUCUACCGGUGUUUCCGGUAGUCUGCAAUCCGGAUUUCCAGUGCAACAUCACAAUUGUUUUCUCUCGACCAAUAGACCAAUUUCUCAUAGGAAAGCAUAUAAUGACAGCAAUUUACGAAUGUGAUGGCCUGUCGACGGCAAAGCAACUGCUGAUGGUGUAUUUUAACUGCCACACGUGGACACCUAAAACAGUGCCACCCCCCACGGUCGCUAGCGAUCCGCCUCUGCUUGUACCAGAACUCCCGCCAUGCAGUGCGGCAUCGAUUCCCAUUGACGUUAACGAAGAUACACCUGUCGGUACCGUGGUAACCAGCCUGCCGUCCAUUCCUUCGCCUGGCUUCCGGUUCCAAAUCAUCGACGCGUCUGCCACCGGCUAUUUCAACAUUUCAGACCAGGGUGCCAUAUCUGUUGCCCGUCCGCUGUCGGAACCAACCGUUGAUUCAGUUUACUUGCGAGCUGCCGGACAGGUCGACGAUCAGUCGGUGUGCGGUACAGAUGUUUUCAUUGGCAUAAAAAACGUGAACUUACGAAAACCAGAAUUCGAUCAAGUGUCAUACAGUUUUAAUGUUGACUGCAAUCAACCCUCGAAUCCCGUUGGGACGGUUAGCGCUUCUGAUUCCGAUCGUGGGCGAAACAAUAUUCGGCGAUUUUUUCUCAAGCCAGAAGAUACAGCGAUUGCCACCGUUGAUCCAGCUAGCGGCAUUCUUCGGUUAAGGAGCAAAGUGCGCGAAUCAACAACAUUGUUGGUGUUUGUCGACAACCCCGGUACAAAUCUAACGAGUUCUGCAAUCGUGCACAUCAACUGCACUGGUGAUAACUCCUUACUCCAGCUGGGAGGACUGAGUGGAAGGGGUGCGCAGCGGCCGACCACUACGACCCAAAACUCGAGCCCGGGAAGCGCAACGCCAUCGUCUAAAGUUGAUUCGCGAGCGUAUCCGGCUUUUUUCUUUAACCCGCCCGUUUCGCAUCCCUUUACGGUGUUGAUUAAGCGUUCUUAAUUAGGAGUUGACCAACAGAUUAAUCUAACACCAGAAAAAUUAGCAACAGCUGUCAAUCUCUAAUAAAAUCUCAGGAGCAACAGUAAGUUGUCUAUUAAAAAAAUA